CCUCAGUCAACUGUCGGGGACAGCUGGGCGGAAUACUUUAAGUACUGGGAACAGUCUCUGCGCGGAAAGACUGCUGACAUGCCGUCUGCCUGUGAGGUACUGGAGGCUCAGCCGACAGUCACCUCCGAGGAGCCGGUCUUUGACUUUAAACUCGAGUCCUCGCCACCGCCCCAGACUCUGCUCCUACCGACUUGUCCGCAGCAGGGGGAGAUGGUUCAGAUGGCGGAAGUGCAGCCUUCUUCACAGACAUUCGCAGAAAGUUGGCUGAUAAUACCCCUCGCUUGCAACCUUAUCUCUCUCUCUCUCUCUCUCUCUCUCUCUCUCACCUUCCUCAGUUGGAAGCAGAAUUCACCCAUUCCAGCUAUGCGACCGCAGGGUGCAUUCCACCAGUCUCACUCCACUUUUGGCGACCUCCAUCCAGAAGACGACAAAUUUUGCAGUUACGUCAACGCCUAG